CUCCUGUUGUCCCCCCCACCUCCGCGUCACCUAUCAUACCGUUCUCCCUCACGCUAAUUCUGUUGGCCUUUGUGGGUGCUGGCUGUCCCUGUCUCAUCGCUGUCUUUCCUUCUUCUUUCCAAAUGGAGCUACAUAGGCAUUCUGCUUGCAGCUGUUUGCGCGAGAAAAAAAUUUUCUGCCAUGAUGUUCUGAUGAAUUCUGAUGGCACAAAGGUCCGCGAUGUGUCACAAUCGGAUGUGCCGCACUCACAGGGAUUCCCUUCUAUAUAUCACUCUGACAAAUCCCUUUGCUGACUCUACGAAUUCUCAUCUUUUAGUGGAAUUGUUUUCUUUUUCCAUAAUCUCCACGUCGAUGGCCAGCUCAAAUCCACCACUCGCCAACCCGCUAGAUGUCCCGCGGAAAAAUCUGGCAAAUAGAAGGGGAAAUUUUCAACCAAUGCCACCAGCGCCUACACAAACACCAACGAAGCCGGACCCCUUCUACGCCCAGGAGGAAAUAUCUCGACUCUGUGCUCGAUUCAUCACCCAUCUGUUUGCCUGCCCGGAGAAUCCACCCGCGGCCAGUCAGUCGCAAGCUAAAUUACCAUACUUCAUCGCGUAUGCCUUCCACCGGACGAAACUACAUCCCUCUGUCACCUUCGCAGCUCUUAUCCUUCUGCAGCGGCUGAAAGCUCGCUUUCCCACUGCUCGCGGCUCCUCUGGCCACCGACUGUUUCUGUCAGCCUUCAUGAUUGCUUCCAAAGUCAUUUGCGACGAUACUUACUCGAACAAAUCUUGGACGAUCGUGGGGCAGGGCAUGUUUAACCUCCGGGAGAUUAAUCAAAUGGAGAGAGAAAUGUGCCUGUAUUUGGAUUGGGAACUCACCGUCGACAACACCCUUCUCACCAACUUUGAAAGUAUGGUGAGAAGGGAUUUCAAGGCAGCGGAGGGCCCAUAUCCGAUGUAUUCUCUGCAAAUGGUGUCGAAACGUGCAGUCCGAGCCGCCGCAUCCACAUCUGCGACUCCCCUUCCGGAGCCACAUUCUACGACCAGCCCUAUUCCCAUGUUUGGCCACGGUCGCCACCCAUCACCGUCCGCUUCCGAGUCAUCGCCUAAAAGACGGAAACGCAGCAAGCAGUAUGUGGAUUCUCCGCCAGAGACCCCAUCGCCGUCUUAUUCUGCCUCGACGUCGCCCGCCUCAUCUGCCUCACCAGCCACGCCCGUCGGUCCCAACGACUUUACUGCCAAGAUACGGGGGAUCGAUUCACCGCUUGGGUUCUCCAUGGCCCGCAACAGGCAAAAAGAUCGGACACUGUCGCAUCCACUGAAAACGCGCAUGUUCUCUCUCGCCAGUACCACGUUGUGGUAGCAUUUAUCUUAUUUUUUUUCUGUUUUCUCACAUUGCUUUGUUCUCGUUCAUUUCCGUUCAUUGCAUCAACUUAUCUCUUAUCAUCUCUCCGCAAGCAUUCCUACAUCUCAUCUUGUCUUCUUCCUGCUUCAGUUAACCUUGUACGAGCAUGGACCAUAUCACCUAUACCUCCGCUCAUCAUACCUCCAACCAGCAUACUUGCUCAAAGAGAGAUCGGCAAUCUUAUUUGUUUGCAUUGUAUCACUAACACAGGAAUUUUACUUACCUCUCGGGUUCAUUGUCCGUCAUUUGCACAUGUUAUGGUUGUUACAUUAGUCUAUAUACUUAUAAAUCCAUUUACAUGCAUCUGUAUGUUGCGGGCAAUACAUGUGUUCCAGGGAAAUGAACUCGUUUCGAUUGACCUUGUGGGCGCUUGACAAUUCAUG